GUCUGCUGAGCAGCAAAACCGUCCAAAAAAAAAAAAUGGCUGUUCAUCUCAAGGAAAAAAUAUCUAAUAUUUUACCUGACUUUCUAUAUUUGAAUGAUUUAGGAUGCGACUCCACUGGAGGAAAGAUUUUAUUUGCAACAGAUGAUUUCUUUGCUCCUGCAGAAAAUCUCUUGAAGAAACAAAGUCCAGAAUUUCAUGCUGAUCUGUUCACUGAUUAUGGGAAAUGGAGAGAUGGAUGGGAGACCAGGAGAAAGCGUAUUCCAGGUCAUGAUUGGUGCAUCAUUCAGUUGGGAAUGCCAGGCAUGAUUUGUGGGUUUGACGCAGACACAUCUUAUUUAGCUGGCAACUGUGCUCCACGGAUAUCAAUUCAAGCUGCUUGUCUGAAAUCAGAAGAGGUACCACCACUGCCCGCAAGAGGGUACCGAAUAGGAACUACAGCUUCAGAGGAAGAGUUGGAGGCUGCUAAAGAGAUAAAGUCAGAUGAAUGGACUGCUUUGGUUCCUAUAUCAGAAAUAAAAUCGGGAAAUCUUGAUACUGGCCAUAACUAUUUUUUUGUGAAUUCAAAGCAAAGAUGGACUCAUCUAAGACUUAACUUAUAUCCAGAUGGUGGAAUUGCACGUUUAAAAGUAUAUGGUACAAUAUUGAAAGACUGGUCAUUUUGUGGCCUGAAUCACUUGAAUGACUUGGUAGCAACAAUGAAUGGAGGAAUUUGUAUUGGAUAUAGUGAUGCUCAGCUGGGUCACCCCCAAAAUAUCAUAGGAAUAGGAAAAGCAAAGUCCAUGAAAGAUGGAUGGGAAACAGGAAGAAAUUUGGAAAGACCACCAAUUUUAAAAGCUGAUGACAAGGGAAUGCUCCUCAUACAAGGAAGUGAAUGGGCAAUCUUUAGACUGGGUCGUUCAGGCACAAUAACUCACGUAGAAAUAGAUACCAGUCAUUUUAAAGGUAACUUUCCAGACACUUUCAAACUUGAAGCCUGUGUGCUGACCAUUCAAGAAGAAAAAGACUGUAUAGUACAAAAAUGGGCCUUCCAGCAGGGUUUAAAAUGGCAUGUUCUGCUGCCUGCAACAAAGCUGAAUCCCCAUAAGCGUCAUUUUUUUGCUGGAACUUCCAUACAAACACUGAAUGUGUUUACUCAUGUGAGACUCAGUAUUGCUCCUGAUGGGGGUGUAAGUAGGCUGCGUCUCUGGGGUUUUGCACGGGCUCUGCCAGAUGAGAACAAAAAUAUAUUUUAAAAACUUUGCAGAAUUUAGACCACUUAUACAAAGCUGAAUACAUAAACAAAUAUUUAUGCAUUCACUGAAUUAUUCAGUAUUCAACAGUUACUGAUUCAACAGUUUGUUACAGUAAUGGCACAAUAUCUUUAUCAAAAUAAAAGAAAUAUUUCCCAGUUGGUUUUCUGAUGUUUAUGAUUAAUGAUUAUAUUAAGUAAAUAUAAGAGGAAAGACAUGAAGUUAUAACCAUGUAAUAAAAUGCUUUUUUCUAAAGUGUCGGUAUGUAGUGAAAAUAAGUUUGAAUUGUUGAUAAUAUAUUAAAACCUAAUGUAUCAUUUUUAAGAUAUAUUAUGUUUGAGAAAAUCCAGUAUAUAUAAUAGUACAUGGUAUCAUUUAUGCAGGCUUUAUAAUGUGAAUCUAUUUUUGGAAGUAAUUUUUACAAAUCUGAAAACAAGUACUCUCAGGAACAGUGUAUAGCGUAAAAGUAUUUCUGAAAAUACUAAUUUUAUCAAAACCAAAUGUAAAAUUAUCACCAUGUGAUGAAUAUUACACAGCAUGUUUGGAUUUUGUGUACUGAAGUCAUUAUUUUAUUAAUUCUUUUUCUCAGAAUUGAAAUUUUGACUCUUAAUUCUCUUCUCACUGAAAAUGUUUUUUUUAUGAAUUAAAAUGUAAUAAAUCAUUUAUGCUUCUGAUUGUAUAUA